GAGGGGCCAGAGCGGCCCGGUUGGGAGGUGGCAGGAAAGGCUCGGAACAGCUGCCGGAGGUGACGGAGCUGCGGCCCCGCCUGGCGCGCUGGAAGAGGAAGCUUCCAGGUAGCGGCCCGCAGAGUCUGACCCAGGCUCCAGACAUCGGGAGCCCAGGUCCCCCCACCCAGCCAUGAGUGCCGAGGUGAAGGUGGCAGGGCAGAACCAGGAGCAGUUUCUGCUCCUGGCCAAGUCCGCCAAGGGGGCGGCGCUGGCCACACUCAUCCACCAGGUGCUGGAGGCCCCUGGCGUCUACGUGUUUGGGGAACUGCUGGAUAUGCCUAAUGUCAGAGAGCUGGCCGAGAGUGAUUUCGCCUCCACAUUCCGGCUCCUCACAGUGUUUGCAUACGGGACAUACUCAGACUACCUCGCCGAGGCCCGGAACCUCCCCCCGCUCACGGAAGCUCAGAAGAAUAAGCUUCGACACCUGUCGGUCGUCACUCUCGCCGCCAAAGUCAAGUGUAUCCCCUACGCGGUGCUGCUGGAGGCGCUGGCCCUGCGCAAUGUGCGCCAGCUGGAGGAUCUGGUCAUCGAGGCCGUGUACGCCGACGUGCUCCGCGGCUCCCUGGACCAGCGCAACCAGCGGCUGGAGGUGGACUACAGCAUCGGGCGGGACAUCCAGCGCCAGGACCUCAGUGCCAUCGCCCGGACCCUGCAGGAGUGGUGUGUGGGCUGUGAGGUGGUCCUCUCCGGCAUCGAGGAGCAGGUGAGCCGGGCCAACCAGCACAAGGAGCAGCAGCUGGGCCUGAAGCAGCAGAUCGAGAGCGAGGUCGCCAACCUGAAAAAGACCAUUAAAGUGACGACCGCCGCUGCCGCCGCCGCCACCUCUCAGGACCCGGAGCAGCACCUGACGGAGCUGCGGGAACCAGCCCCGGGCACCAGCCAGCGCCAGCCCAGCAAGAAGGCCUCCAAGGGCAAGGGGCUCCGUGGGAGCGCCAAGAUCUGGUCCAAGUCGAACUGAAGGGACCGUGGUUUCCACCGUGGGCAUCUGGGCUUCCAUCCACCUGCCCGCCCCCCCCCCCCGCCCCCCAGGAGCCCGCCGAGGGCCUUCCUGUGCCCCUGGUCAACUGAUAAUUCUGCGUUCCUGUACCUUCCCCCCCCACCUCCCUCCCCUCCCCACCCCAAGCGUAGACGGGAGACAAGUACAAGUCAUGCUUGUGUUGGCACUUGCUGUUGGACGCGACUCUCUUAUUUGGCCCCAUUGU